UCACCAUGUCUGACCAGGAGGCAAAACCUUCAACUGAGGACUUGGGGGAUAAGAAGGAAGGAGAAUAUAUUAAACUCAAAGUCAUCGGACAGGAUAGCAGUGAGAUUCACUUCAAAGUGAAAAUGACGACGCAUCUCAAGAAACUCAAAGAAUCAUACUGUCAAAGACAGGGAGUUCCCAUGAAUUCACUCAGGUUUCUCUUCGAAGGUCAGAGAAUUGCUGAUAAUCACACUCCAAAAGAACUGGGAAUGGAGGAAGAAGAUGUGAUUGAAGUUUAUCAGGAACACACGGGGUCAUUCAACGGUUUAGAUAUUCUUUUUAUUUUUUUUUCUUUUCCCUUAAUCCUUUUUUAUUUUUAAAAAUAGUUCUUUUGUAAUGUGGUGUUCAAACAAUUGAAAACUGGCACCCCAUCUCUUUAAAACAUCUGGUAAUUUGAAUUCUAGUGCCCAUUAUUCAUUAUUGUUUGUUUUCAUUGUGCUGAUUUUUGGUGAUCAAACCUGAGCCCCCUUCAUAUCGCCCUCUCCUUUUUAAAAAUUACACGUGUGCACAGAGAGGCCACCUUUUCCAGGACUGUGCAUUUGCAGGCCUGUGAUAAAUAAGAUUGACUGAUGCGAGUGUUCAUAAUGACUUUCCAAUUGGCCCUGCAGUUCUAGCAUGUGAUUGCUUCACUCCUGGACUGUGACUUUCAGUGGGAGAUGGAAGUUUUUCAGAGAACUGAACUGUGGAAAAAUGACCUUUGCUUAACUUGAAGCUACUUUUAAACUAUGAGGGUCUGGACCAAAAGAAGAGGAAUAUCAGGCUGGAGUCAAAAUGACAGAGGUGGUGAGAAUAAUGACUAACUCCAAAGAUGGCUUCACUGAAGAGAAAGCAUUUUAAGAUGAAAGAAAAAUCUUGU